AAAUCACAUAAGCACAGUGGGGCCAAGCAGAUGGGCUUAAAUGAAGCAGGCAACAGUCAUGCAAAUCCCUCAUCCACCUCAUUACCAGGGAUAAACACAGCGUUUAAAUGAUAUUAAAACAAUUCUAUUUGGAAAUGUAUUUGGAUUGUUUUGACUUUGGAACGAAAAACAAAAAAAAAAACUAAAAAAAAAAAUCUGAUCUGACCAAUUCAGCUCUGGAGUGUGAUGGCAUAAUCUGAGCAUCAUCUCUAGCAUCUAGAGGGUUAAGCAAACACCUCCCACACACACAAAAAAAAAAGAGACUCUCCUUGUGUGGCAGGAAAAAGAAAUACUAGCAUAUUGAGUGCAAGGGGAUUCUUCUCAGUGGGAGAAGGAAAAACAGGUAAUUUAUCCAAAGAAUCUGCCAGGAUUAAGACGCCAAAUUAAGAUCCAACAAGCAUGGCACAGAAUUGGACCUUCUGAAUAUUUGAUGCAUACAGUGUGAGUGAGUCGCUGUGCCAUGGGUAAUAGCGGAGAGGUUGCAAAGUGACUUGGACAUGUUUGUGGCAGGCUUGGCUAACUCUUGGUCAGCUGGAUCACAUCUUCAGUCUGGUUGUGUCCUCUAGCACGAAAUGCCAGAGCUCAGCCAUUCUUAUAAUGACAAUAUCUCUAAUGGCACCUCUCCAGACACCGUGCCCGAGAAAUGCUGGUUGGCACUACUCACUCUAAUGGUCAUUGUGCCCACCAUAGGAGGCAAUAUUCUGGUCAUCUUGGCCAUUUCUCUGGAGAAAAAAUUGCAGAACGCUACCAAUUACUUCCUCAUGUCUUUGGCUGUGGCAGACUUGCUGGUUGGGAUAUUCGUGAUGCCAAUCGCCCUUCUCACCAUUCUCUUCAGACCGCAAUGGCCACUACCACAAUGCUUGUGUGCCAUCUGGUUGUUUUUGGAUGUUCUGUUCUCCACAUCAUCUAUCAUGCACCUCUGUGCCAUAUCACUGGAUCGCUACAUUGCCAUAAAGAAACCUAUUCAAGCCAGUCAGUUCAACUCCAGGGCUAAAACGCUCAUCAAGAUAGCUGUGGUGUGGGUGAUAUCAGCAGGAAUCGCUGUUCCUAUCCCAAUCCAAGGCCUCCUUGAUCCUAGCACAAUUUUCAACGAAAACAACACCUGCGUGGUACGAACCGAGCACUUCAAGUAUUUCAUCAUCUAUGGAUCUAUGGCUGCAUUCUUUGUCCCAUUUGGAAUCAUGGUAGUUAUUUAUUUUCUGACCAUUCAUCUGCUAAGAAAGAAAGCCUAUCUCAUUAAAAACAAACCACCUCAAAGACUGAACUGGUCCACAGUGUCUACAGUUUUUCAGAGAGACAUGACCCCGGGGUCAUCACCAGAAAAGGUGGCCAUGCUGGAGAGGAGAGAUAGGCCGCUGGCUAUUACAAGUGAUGAAUUUCCAAUUCGCAGACUAUCCAGUGUGGGGAAAAAGUCCAUGCAGACAAUCACUAAUGAACAGCGGGCUUCAAAAGUUCUAGGAAUAGUCUUUUUCCUUUUUGUUUUUAUGUGGUGUCCAUUCUUUAUCACCAAUGUGGCUUCAGUUUUGUGUCCCCCGGAUAACUGUGAUCCCAAUGUAAUUAAAAUGCUGAUGGAGAUUUUUGUUUGGGUGGGAUACAUUUCUUCCGGUGUCAACCCACUGGUCUAUACACUCUUUAAUAAGACUUUCCGAGAUGCCUUUGGACGGUAUAUCAAAUGUAACUUCCGUGGCAUGCAUUCUGUUACACUUUUGCGCAACUGCUCAAGUCGCAUCUCAUUCCGAAACUCUAUGGCUGAGAAUUCCAAACUGAUCAUGAAGCAUGGAAUGAGAAAUGGGAUUAAUCCAGCAAUGUACCAGAGCCCGCUAAGGAUGUGCAACUCUCAGCUAGAAUCCACAGCUAUUUUGCUUGACACAUUAUUACUGACAGAAAAUGAAGCUGGUAAAACUGAAGAGCAAGUUAGCUAUGUGUGAGUGGGACAAAAACAAUGGCUACAUUAACCGGUAGAAACUAAAAACUACAGUAUAUACACUCUGUAGUAGAAUACCAUUUCAUUCAUUAUUUAUAUGUAUCUAUUACAGUUCAGUCUCACAUGGUCCAACGCAUUGAAUAAUCUGGCAUGGUGGAAUAAAAAGAUCUCCAGAGCGAGGACCAGCUCCAACCCUUGACAACUAACAUCGCUAUCUGGACAACAUCUGUGGGACCUCAACUGACCACAAACAAAGCACUGUUCACAAGUAAAUCGCAGAAAUAUGGAAAUGGAAAUUUGAAAAAAUUAUAUGAGGGAGGCUUGGAAAGAAUUGAGCAAAUAAGUAACUGAAUACAUUUAAAGAAUAUAGGGGUGGUGCAUGGCAUCAACUAGGACACUUGGUUUUGCUUUCGAACGCAGGUGAACGGGUGAACGGGUCAGAUCGACAGCACCGCAUAACUCUUGCUCUCAGGAUUGCCAAACUUUUUCUGCUGCGUCCAAUCUGCACUGACAAAUCUAAUCUAUUAUAAGAUAACAUUUAUUGAUUAAUUUGAGCAGGGUUAAGCCUACACAUCCUGUCCAAGCACACAAAUUUGCAUUAUUCAGUGAUGGCAUUUAUAAACGGGCAGGAUGUGACAGCACAGGGUCACUUUGGCAGGUCCUAUCUGCUUAUUUUGUUGUGGUCAUUCUUGUUGGUUUGUAAAGACUAAGACAAUAAACCUAUGUAGGU